AUGUAUGAUCACCAACUCGUCGUGUCAUUCAAUGUCCCCUUCGCAGCAUCAGUGUACUUUAUCACUCCGUUUCUCACCACGUUUCUCGAUAUUUCUUCACCAGACCCAGACCGAUACACCAUUCUCACUCUCGUAUAUCCUCUUUGGGAAAGGCUUGUCGCUGUUGCCGACUUAUAUUGCUAUGUAGUGGUACUUGCGCCUCGGCGACGAAACGUAAUAACUGACACUGUCAAAGACCUACGCAACGUGCUCCCCUCCGCCGUCCCUACGCGGUCAUUGCUAUCUCAGAUUCCACACGGUGGCCAAAGGGCUCCUCUUUUCAAGGGUCCAAUCCCAUCUACUCUGCCAGCCAGACCCAAAGAAAGCAAUACCGACAGCUUCCGGGGGUCUCGCCGUAUUCCUGUUCUUGCCUCGUGUUGUCCUUUUUGCACACUCGUUGUCCACGUUAAUCCCUGCCUCUUCGGGUCCUACUUUCCUCGAUAGGCUAUGAAUAAGGAAAAUCUCUCUAUGCGCUUUCGUGUUUAGUGUGCUUAGUGUAUUGCUCUGUUCCCCCUGUGACACUCACAAAGCGGUCCGAAGGAUUGGAGGUCACUCAGGGUUCUUUGCUCGCAAAAAUGCGGUGCUUGUUCUUUCCCUCUGCGCUUCUUCGUCUUCGAUCUUUUGCAGGGCCGAAAGUAACCAGAUGAAUUGCUGUUCGGCAUUGUCUCGAUCGUCCUAUCUAGCCAUGUGUUGCGAUGGGCUGCCAGAGUGAGGGGAUAUAUAUCUAUAUAAAAACUAGCCCAGGCCCUUGCGUUCUUGGACCCGUCAACGUCUGCUCUUUCACCUUGACAUCUGCCUUUGCCUUUUUCUCUUCUUCCUCCCUCUCCAUAAAUUUGUUCCCGGUGGCUGCUGAACAUUGAAAGAUGCCUCGGUUCCGUAACACGGCGACGACAUCAUCGUCAGUCAUCCCGCCGGAUGUGCCACCCUUUGUACACGAUUCCGCCUUCUUCCAAGAGACCGGAUAUUCGACCUACUGCACUGAUGCGUCAAAAAACCAAACGUCUACCGCAGUUAUAGAUCCUCGCGCCUCAAUCCCAACACCAUCACCCUCUCCGAAC